AUGGAAUGCCAGAAAAAUAAAAUUCAUCGACAUGCGUCAUCGCCGAUCGCUAGUUUUGAACCACCAACGGAACGGUUCGAGCAUAUUCAUAUUGACCUGGUGUCUCUUAAAAGGUCUAAAGGUUUCAAUCAGUGCCUUACCAUCAUAGACCGGUUCACCAGAUAUCCUGAGGCUGUUCCAUUAUCCGAUGGUACUGCAGAAACGGUAGCUCACGCAUUAUCGCUACAUUGGAUUUCGCGCCAUGGAAUACCCAAGCGUUUAACAUCUGAUCAGGGGCCGCAAUUCGAGUCGGACCUGUUUCAGUCGCUAUUAAAGUUCUAUGGUAUUAAGCACUUGCAUACAACCCCAUACCACCCACAAGCCAACGGACUUGUCGAACGACUACAUCGCCAGCUGAAAUCGGCCCUUCUGUGUCACGACGAAUCAUGGUACGAUGCAUUACCAGCCGUCCUACUCGGUUUACGCGCAGCUUGGAAAGACGAUAUCGAGACGACGCCGGCUGAAUUAGUAUAUG